CAGGCUCACGGUCGUCGACUAAUCAAAGACAAGAAUAUAACUUUUUCAUUGUCUAUUUGUCUCAUAGUAUUAGUAAACGUUUUAAAAAUAUUGUUUUGUGAUUGUCAGAACUCAGAAGCGGAUGCAAUUGCAAUACGUUAACUGAGGAAUAAAACAAGAACAACAUAAACAAUGGCGUGGUCCAAGUAUCAAAAGUUUCUUGCACUGAUGAUGGUGGUUACUGGAUCAAUAAAUACAUUGAGUACCAAAUGGGCUGAUCAGAUGGAUGCGAAAGGUUCAGACGGCAAUGUCAGGAAAUUCGACCAUCCUUUCUUACAGGCAGCAGCAAUGUUUCUCGGAGAGAUUCUAUGCUUGUUGACAUUCAAAUUUAUCUUCUGGAGAAACAGGAACGGUGAUCAUCAGCUUAUCCAAGGCAGUCAAGAUUUCAAUCCAUUCAUAUUGAUGCCGGCAGCUAUGUUUGAUUUGAUUGGUACCUCCAUCAUGUACAUAGGUUUAAAUUUGACCUACGUCAGCAGUUUCCAAAUGUUUAGAGGAUCUAUUAUUAUAUUUGUGGCCGUGCUGUCCACUACAUUCCUUGAAAGGAUUAUAGUCAAGAGGGAAUGGGUGGGAAUUGCUACAAUUAUCCUAGGAUUACUGAUCGUGGGAUUAACAGAUGCGAUAUACCAAUCACCGAGUGAAGCUAAAGGCAGGAACAGUUUGAUAACCGGUGACCUCUUGAUUAUCGUUGCACAGAUUAUAUCAGCAUGCCAAAUGGUGUAUGAGGAGAAAUACGUGUCAGGUUUGAAUAUUCCCCCAUUACAAGCGGUGGGAUGGGAGGGUGUCUUCGGAUUCUCUGUUCUGUCUGUAUUACUCGUGAUCUUCUACUGGAUCCCCGCGCCUCCUCACUUCGACCACAACGCUAGAGGGACCGUUGAGGAUGUGGUCGAUGGACUUGCUCAAAUUGGCAAUAAUCCUCUAUUGUUGGUGGCCAUUUUGGGAACGAUCGUGUCAAUAGCGUUCUUCAAUUUCGCUGGUAUCAGUGUUACGAAGGAGAUGUCGGCCACGACUCGAAUGGUUCUGGAUUCAGUGAGAACACUCGUCGUCUGGAUGGCAUCCUUGGCAUUGAGCUGGCAAAUAUUCCACUGGCCACAUUUAAUUGGUUUUGCGGCAUUGAUCCUUGGUAUGUGCGAGUAUAAUGGCAUAUUGCCAAGGUGCUGGCAAAGAAGAGUUGUACAGGAAGACGAAAAUCAAGUCGUUAAUACUGAAGCCGACAGACUUGAAGAGGCUUAAGAGGUACAGUAUAUCUAUAUAAACGAAAAUAUAUGUCAAUUCUUCUAUUUUGUAUUGAAAUUAUAUACCUAAGGGAGACUUUUUAUAUUUCCUUUUAUUUUAAGACUGGGACGAUGAAGUAAAUAGUGAUUUUAUGGAAUUUAAUGUAUAUAUGGAGGAACCCGUUAAUAGGUUUCAGUACAGACAUGACAUACAUUCAGUUUUAUAUAUAUUUUAUUUUAUAAUAUUCAUAUAAAUUUAUAAAAUAUUUAGUUUUAUGUUUUACUGUUUUAUAAUUCAUUGUUUCUUGAAUACAAAUAAUGGCUUAUCGAUAAAAUGUUAUUUGCUAAAUCAUUGUGUAUUAUAAGAAAUUUCGAAAGACAUACUCAAGGAAAAUUUAUACAUAUGUUCUUAGAAAUAUUAAAAAACUUCCAACUUUCCAAGUUCGAUAAUUAUUUAAAAAGCUACCCAGUAAAAUGGUUUGCGUAUUUUUACAUUUAAUAAAUUUAAUCACGUCUGAUUUGAACACUCUGUAUAAGUAAACAUAAGCCUUACUUAUAAACGUUAUUCAGGGGGCGAAUGGAUUACACAUUAAACGAUGUUGUCUCAUACUUUUCAAUGUCAAAUCAAUAAUGAGAGAAAGAGAUACAUCGGAGUUUAACUGGACAGCCAAUACAGCCAUUAUAAAUAAGACAAGCUAAGUUUUGUUAAAAGACAAUAUAUUCUAAGGAUAGUCCCUCGCCGGCACUACUCUCUCCUGCAAUUUAAAAAUAUAAGGUUUUAAGCAUUCGCCUGCAGCCAAGUCUUUUACAAUACGAUGAUGAGUUGAGCAGUAGUGGGGUCAAGCCGAAUGACAAGUGACAGUCCAAUACAACAGACCAAUCGAGUGCAGCCUGGGCGAACGGCUCCGUCAUUCUUUCCAAGAGACCUAAGAAUGUAUCGCUACGCAGAUCGAGUUUGUGCUCACGACUCAUGCCUUAAUUGCAUUAAAAGGAAAAAUAAAUAUUUUAAAAGCGGCGAAAUUUACGAAGUUGCGCAAUGUUCUAAUCGCUUUUAAAAAGAUCGAUUCUGAACUGUAACAAUACAGGCGAAUUCUUCCGGUGACGGACAAUCAAAUAUUAUUAUUUUUUAUAAUUAUGAGGGUUAAUAAGGUGCCAGGGUUAUUCGAUUUAAAAAUCAAUCGAAACAAAUCGACGUAGGUUAUAAAUAUCAGAUAAUUAUAUUUAAUUUAUAAUCGAUAGGUAUUUAACAUAUAUAAUCAUCAUUUUAAAUAUUAAAUUAAGUUAGAUUUAGAAUAUUAUAAAAAUGAAUAUUUAAUCAAUAAUCGAUGAUAUUGACUGCGGCCAUACAUCUUAUUUAAAAUCGAUUUUGGCUACGAUAAUCGAUUCUCUAUUCGGCCGAGUUAGGUUUUGGUAUCAUUUUUUCCAUCGCAGUUAAAGUGAGUGGAAACUUCAUAAUCUUUUAAUGAUAUAAAAGAUUUGCUCAAAGGCAGACAGUGUCUAAGAAGUUAGAGAAUAAGUCCUUAUGCUUCCAACGAAUAAAUUAAAUAGUUAUCAUGUAUGUAAAUUUGCUCAAUGACUUGAUGUCAUUGGCUUUAGUAUAUUAUCUGUGUCUUAAAAAUCCUAAGGUUCAAAUUGGUUGAUAGUCUAUCCCUAAUCACAUUUACAAAAAAAAUAUAUUUUAAUAAUACUUCGUAAUUAAUUAAUUAAAAUUGUUAUCGUCAAUCAAAUAUAGUCGCAUCUAAUUUGUCCGAUUCGUCCAAAGAUCGUAUACAAAAUUAUAAAUUAUAAUCCAAAGAUUAUUUAAAAGUUAUGUGUAUAUUGAGAACGACUAUACCAGAAUAAUUUAUAUUUCCUGUAGUUUAAACAAAAUAACGAAUAGAUUACUAUGUAGGGUUUAAAAAGAGUAAUAUUUGUGUAAAAAGAUUUAAUUUAUUUGAAUAACUGGCAACCUUGUUUAUACGAAUAACGAAUUCCGAUAAUAUUGUUAUGUCAUCAGUAGUCCACGUGACGUCAUAACGUCAAACUAUUAUAAUUUUGAAUAGUAUAUAAAUGUCAUUCUGUUUAUAAAUUAAUUUCUAAUUACUAUGAAACAAUAAGGUAGUUACGAAUGUGUUUACAACUAUCUGAAUUUGACUACGUCAUAAUAAUGAUGAAUUAUUAUGUAGUAGAUUUCAGAUUGUUAUAAUUGGUUUAUAAUUUUUGACUAAAUGGAAAUCUUAGUAAAAAAUUAUACAUGUAAUAAUUCAGAUGUAGAUCUGUUUUUUUUUCAGUUUAAUAUUAAAAAACAUGGAAAAGUUAAUUAGAUUUAGUAAGUGACAACAUUCUCAUUAAGUCCAUCACUAUGUUAUUUAUUUUGCUUAAUUUUUUAAAUCUGUAACAUUGUUAAUAAUAUUAUUAUUUUUAAAUCAAAAGGUGCCUUUAAGUGAACUAAUAUGUACUAUUACAUGACAUACUAUGUUUCCAAUAUAUGAACUGAUUUGGAAAAAUCUCUUCUUGUCUGGGACCAUACGUUCCAAGUAAUAUAAUGUAUACUUAUUAUUUGGUAUCAUUAAAAUUUUAAUAAAAAAUAUCAACUUUGAGGUUAAAAAUACAGGAUUACAUUUUUAUAUGCUCGAAUGUUAUUUGUAUUUUAUUUUUUGAGAGUAUUAUUUGAAGUAGAUUUAUUUUUAAAUUUCUUAUUUCUAAACUCACGUUGUACAUUUUGACUCAAUUAUAAUUCUCUGGACUGGCAUUAAUACCUUUUUGGAAACGUCAAAGUAAGUUUAAAAAAUGUGAACCAAAUUUUGCCAUUUCCCAAAUCAUUUAAAAAUAAUAAACGAAUUUAUACUAAACUGACAUAAGCUUAACAAUAUCACACGAAAAGUUGUUCUAUGUAACAAAUGCUUGUUACAUAGAACAACCAAUAAAUGUUAAUUGAUACUGUUCUCCUCACCAAAAGUAAAGAACGGAUAUUGGCCAUUUUCGAACCAGGAAGCAGAAUUCAAUUCAAUGUACACCUUGCUUAAAACAUGAGGCGUCUAAAUAAUUAUAUAAUAACAAUUAUAUUAAAUACAUAUAUAUUUUGAUUAAAAAAAUAUCUCAUUAAAUCUAUUUAUCAUUAAGACUUGUAUUUAAAUUAUCUGUGACUACAAAAUACAAAAAAAAUUGUGAUGUAUAAAGCUGAGUGCUGACAGUGCUGUAUAUUAUUUCUAUGGAUAUACACUUUCUUUAUAUUUUUUCACAAAUCGAUUUACCGAUAAUGUGAGGCACUCGGCUUAUUUGUGAUAUAAAUGAAUUUAAAUUCUACGCAUAACUCCUUCCACGUCAAAACUAAUUUUGCUUAAAGAAGUCCAGCAACUUUUUCACACGGUGCAAAUUAGUUUUGAUUAGGAAUUAUUUCUGAACAUUUGUAAUUCUUUAUGCGAUAGUGUUACCAUGAUAAAAAUAUUAUUUUAAUAAAUAAGUUAAUUACAAUUAAA